CCUGCCGCGAAGACCUGGGACCUGAGAAGCGUCUCUUGGCGGCGGUGGGGAGGGAGAGGGGAGCGACGUUUUCCGCCUCUUAAGGGAUUAAGCUAGCCACAAUGGUAAACAGUCCGUCCUGUUUCUUUUCCUUUGCAGUCGCCCUUUGCGUCCUGCUGCAAGAAGGCCAGGCCACCACAGAAUCCCACCUGCCGGCAGCCAACGGUCGACACCAGAGGACCAAAAGAUGCUCUUGUAUCAACUGGAUGGACAAGGAGUGCAUUUAUUUCUGCCAUCUUGAUAUCAUCUGGAUCAACACACCAAGCCACUCUGCGCCCUAUGGGCUGGGAAGUCCUCGUGUACGGCAGAAGAGGUCCCUCCGCAGAUGUGAGUGCUUGCAUUUCAAGGAUAGCAUCUGUGCAACUUUCUGCCAUGGCAAGCCUCGAGAUCCCCCCAAAAUUCAGCUGCCCAUGGGCACAGGAGUGCUGGCAAAGCUCCUGCAGAGCAAAAAUCUCAAGCUGGAUGAGCGAAACUUUUGAAAGUUCUCAGGAUCUUAUGCUUUCAGGGACUGAGUUUACCAGAAAGCAGCAGCUCUCUCCAAGAUAGCAAGGCCUUCCAUGGGAACAGGGCUUCCUGAAGAUAAAGUGAUCAGCAGGGAACUUAAGGAUGCUCUUUGUCUUAGUAAAUGGAGUCCUCCAUUCCCAAAGGUGCUCCUCUAUCGAGGAGUCAAAGAAGAGAAGGCAUAACACUGAUGGAGAAGGAGAAGUCCACAAAACAGCUGGGACUGGAAUGAACAAGGAGCACCAUUGUCAGUGGAACAGUUCCCCUAUUAUUCCAAAGAUGAUACAGAAGAGGAGAAAAAAACCCUCCUCUUUUCUCCUGCACCUUGAUGUUGCUUCUGCUCCUGUGCCUCUUUGUUGGGGGUGAAAGAUGUGUUUCAAGGAUGCCCAUAGGGUUCCCAGCAAAUGUCCAGGUGGAUGGCUGGCACUUUAUGGACUAGGCAGUACUUUGGGGAAAAGCAAUAUGUACAACCCUGAAUGUGAUAAUGCAAAGUCCUUCCCACCCCCUGAACCUUGUUUAUGCUGUUUAGCAUUUAAUUUUAGAGGUAGUUUGCCUGUGGGGUCAGACGGCUUCCCCCAAUUCUGUCCUGCCCAAACUCCUCUUUGCUUUUCUAUCAAUAGAUACAUCUGGGAAUGAGUCUGAUGCAACCUUUUGGGUACCCUCUCCCACAAGCAAAAAAACCAAAGGAAACAAAAGGAAAGCUAAGUUGAGUAGCUCUUAUUUAAAACGUCAUAAGAGAUCAAGAAUGGUUCAACCUAGCUAAUUGCCACAACUCCACUUAAGAAAUUAGGGAUCAUGGCCAUGAUUUUGUGCUAUAACAAAAGGCCGUUGAAUAUUGUUCAUUUACUCUACAGAGACCUCAGCUGUUCCACAGAUUUUGAAUGCUUGCUGGAUACCCAGUGGAGUGUUAGAGUUGUGGAUGGUGAAUUCCAGAUUUCACACAUCCCUAGCUAUGGUUUCUGUUCAGUUACAGGCCCAAGGGUUCCUGAUUUGUGAGUUGUGUUUAAAUAGGUAGCAUAUGUAUAUCCAUAAUUAGAGCUGAAUCACUUGACCAAACUGGCACAAGGAGAAACUUGGACUGAGCGACUCCAUCCAGAUGGGUCACUGAUUAUACAGUUGCUUUGCUGUUGAACCACACCUUUGAUAUCACCCUGUCUUCACAGGUUUUAAAAUUUAUAAUUUGAAGGAGGACAAAUUAUAAGAUGGGCCAUAUGUUUUCUUGUUCAUGCUCCCGAAUCAGUCUUAAGUCAGAAAGCUAGCAUUAUCUGAGCUAGGGAUGUUAAUUUCUUUUUCUGCAGAGAAAAAGAAUAAAUGCAUAGCUCUUUGCUCGGUGUGUGUAACAACUUUGUUAUAAAAUACCUAAUAUAUACCCUACAUACACAUACUCAAAUCUAUCUCUUAGAUAUUUUGAAUAUAUAAAAACAGACUUAAGGUGACUGAUGGAGAGGAUAAAAAUGAACAUUAAGCAGAGCUUUGGGACAAAUAAGUCUGGCCACUCAUUACUUUUUUAUAGUCAUACAGGAAGUAAGCAAUUCAUCUAGUUUUCUUUGAAGAGAAUUCCUUCCUUACCUAAAGCACAGGACACUUUAGCUCUUUUCCUUAUGAUGUGUAGCUUCUGUUACAAACCAUCAUGGGCAAGAAGGCCCCCACUGUUGUCCAAAGAAACGCAUGGUGGGAUAUGCAACCUGGCUGAGAUGCUCUUAUCUUAGCUUGUCUCCAUGAUGAAUGUGGUUUAAAGUUCUCUCUCUGUAUAGCUCUUUCUUAUCCUUUAAAAACAGGGCUUCCAAUGUUUGUCUUGUAUAUGACCCUUUAGAUCACAAUGUAUAUUCUUCUAAAAUCCAAGAGGAUUUGUUUUGCGUUUGCACUUGAGUAGAUUUUGUUCAGUCUCAAAGAAUCUGCUCCACUGCACGAAAAUGAACGAAAGGGCCUUGCCAUGUACAUUCCUAGACUGAAGCAACCAAAGGGGCUAUGGGAAAGUGAACUUAUCUGCCAUGUUCCUCUGCCCAUAACUCCGUGCACCUUCAUUAUGUAGCAAUCCCAAUACUUGUACAUGUAGCCAUGUAGAUAUUUGUAGAUAUAUUUAUUUUUUUCAAACUUUUUUUUUUACUGUAAAAUGCAAGCUUUGAUUUGUAAAAAAAAUAAAAG